AGUCCUUUUAAUUUUUUUAAUACGUAAACUAGUCUCCGCUCAAUGUCUUCCAAGUGCAGUGCAUCACGAAGAUCCGAAACGCCUGAAAAAGCACAGAACUGUAAAAUAAGAAAAAAGUGACAGACGCAGCAGCAUGGCAUGGGAAAGAAUAACAGAGUUGGGGACACAGGUGAAUGUGGCAUCUGGCAACUUGUCUCCUGAAAAAACUACGACAUUUUACAAUCCCAAAAUGUGUAAAAACAGGAUGCUUAUAUUAUGUGCCUUGACAGCUGUGGUCAGAGAGAGAGGUCGAGAGAAGGUAGAGAAGAGGAUCCAGAAAAGAAUGAGAUGCCUGGAUGCAUUUGGUGCUACUGGUAUCACAGGUCUCCAGUGGCAACUCCAUCACCAUGACGAUGUUGAGGUCACAGUUUCCGACAUCAACCCGGAAUCGGUAAGGAACAUGAGAAGGAACUGCAUCCUGAAUAACCUUCUUGCCGAAGAUAACCUGUCUGAUGGGAAGAGACUGGAACAGAGCAAUGAGAUGAUGAAAGAGGAGAGAGAAGAUGUUGAUAGGCUACACAGAGGAGGAACGGGGGUGGUUGUAAUUAGAAUUAAUGAAUCUAUGAAUAAAGAGGUGGCAGAGACACACUGUGAAAAGGUGAAGGAUCAGAGCGAUGAUGGGAAGAAUGAGAAGAUUUCAAAUGUAGCGACAAGCAGUGAAACACCAUUUUCUGACAAUGACUCAUCAAGAAAUGAUGGAACCGUGACCCUUGUCUGCUGUGAUGCCAAUUUAUUGAUGCGACAAAGAUUCUUUGACUUCAUAUUCUUAGAUCCGUAUGGCUGUGCCACGCCCUUCAUGGACUCUGCUUUCAGCAACAUCAGCAAUAACGGGAUUCUGGCUAUUACCUCCACUGACACAGCUUCCCUGUACGGGAAAUGUCCACAGGUCACACUCCGCAACUACGGGGGCCAAGUGGCCAAGUGCGAGUACCUCAAAGAGCUAGCAGGGAGACUGGUCGUAGCUGCAGCUGUCAGGGCUGCGGCAAGAUGUAACAAGGGUCUGGAGGUGCUGCUCUGUGUUGCCUUGGAACACUUUGUACUGGUCAUUCUCAGGGUCAGGAGAGGCUCUGGUCAAGCUGACCGUUCAGUUCAAGAGGUCCAACACGUCCUUCAUUGCCGGGUGUGUGGUCAGAGGAAGUUUGUUCCUUCUACUCUAACAGUUCCCAACAGCAUGUAUGACCACCUGUCUUGCACAUGCCACAAGAGUGCACCAUGUACGGCAAUGCUCCUGGGACCAGUCUGGUCUGGCAGUAUCUUUGAUGCUGGUUUCAUUGAUAGAAUGGCCCAUGCUGGCGUGGAGCUAAGACUCAGUAAAAAAGACUUGCAGCUUCUCCAUACUUUGCUAGAGGAAGCUACUUGUUCCGGCCCCAAAUCAUUGCAGAUGAACGCAUCAUUACCAGAGACAAAGGCACACCAGACAACCAUGGAAGCGGGUCAGAAGAGGGGCAGGCUAGUAGAUGCCAAUGACCUCUCCAACACACACGAUAAGAGAAGACGAUGCGAUGAAAACCAGGGCCAACCAGCCUUCUACUUUAGCUUACCCCAACACAGCAUCAAGAAUAUGGACAAACCAAGAAUUAAGACGUUCAUUGAAUGUCUCCGAAUGGCGGGUCAUCGGGCAAGUCGGACCCACUUUGAUCCAGAGGGAGUAAGGACCAAUGCUGCACUAGCAAAUUUCAAAGCUGUUCUGCAGGAUGCCUCCACCCCUACUAUGAAGUAAAAGAAGACAUCAUCUUGAAGAGAUAUUGCACUGUCAGGUUCUUGCAGCACUUUGGACAAAAUUUGUAUAGUGUACCAGUAAUAACAUCGGUUUGCAGCCCAGCCCCCCACUCCGGUGUCGGAAGUACCGCAUGCGUGUUCCCAAAAUGUCCGGUACAGGGGUACUUUUCACGCACCAAAGUCUGGCUCGUAGUACACAAAAAUCCAGCCCGUAUUGACUUUA